CUCCAGAGAGCUACAGCGAUCUGAAAAAUUUGCUCCGUGGCCACACCCCUGACAACCAGCGCCUAAUCGUGGCCAGGACUCAGAAAAGCAACCAUGCCAGUUUAGCUGUUGGCAAUAAACUCAAACUGCAGAAACUGUUUGGCUUUCUCUUGGAGUACAUCGGAGAACUGGCCACCAGGAGUCCGCCUGAACUCACCACCAUAGAUAAGCUCAUACCAGAGUUGUACACUAUGUGUCAGAUGUUUCCAGAAGCAGCCUGCAAGGUCAUGCAGAGCAUCCUCGGAGAUGCUGGUCACAGCACGGAGGAGGCGCUUGAGGUCAAAGGACAUGUUGCCUUCCCAGCACUAGACAUG